ACAAAACAGCAGGAAAGCAAAAAAAAAAAAAAAAAAAAACAAAAAUUAAAAAAAGGAAAAUGAAUGCGGAAAAUUCGCAAAUGGAUGCCUGAGCAGAGUGUAGAGCACACAGAGUAGAAUCAGAAGAGAAUUAAAAAGUAAUCCUUCACAUUAAAGACAACCAAUGGGACCAAAUCACUGCGACUCGAACUGGAUUAAAACAGCAUCGGAUCGCGCAGAGCAGCAGCAACUGUUCGCCAGGGAGGCGCGGAGGAGGCGGCCACAGGGGAGCCAUCAUAGGAGCAGCAACGUCGCCUCAGCUGCCCAGGGCCCCUCGAGAAUGUCUAGCCGGAAAUCAGGAGGCGGUGGCGGUGGUGCUAGCGGCGGAGUUGGAGUCGAUGGAGGUGCCCUGGACGACAAUGCAAAUGCCAAUGAUAAUCCAACCACCAUUAGUGGACCAGUGGAGUCUUCGUCAGAAGCUGGCGAGGAUACAUCAUCCACGCCCACACCCAUGGAUGCAGAUGAAACUGUGCCACCAUCCUCCACAGACACAGCCGAAGCCGCUAAACCAGUGGAAGGAGAAGAAGAAGCAGCAGCUGGAGGUGAAGAAGGAGAAGGAGCAGGUGGAGAAUCAUCCGAAAUGGAAACCAAUGAAAAGGAGGCGGAGGCCAAGGAGGAGAAGGAGUCAUCUCCUGCUCCUAAAACGCGAACGCCCACGCCAGUGGCCACGCCCACCACAACCAGCAUGAGAAUCACUCGCCAUUCGUCGCCCCUGCUCCUGCUCAGCUCACCGACGACCGCCCGCCGGGACAUCUCUGUCGGCAGCGAUGGAGCCGGCGGGGAAGCCGAAGAGUCGGCGGGAGUGGGUAGUCAGCGCAAGAGUUCCGUGGAGCGGGCGGUGACACCGGUUAUACGAGGACGCAAGUCCAUCAAGGAUCUGAAAGAAGCCAAAGAAGUCAAGUCCGAGGAGGCGGAGGCCACUGUAACUCCAGUAACUGGAGAAGCUUCAACGCCGGGGCCGGCGCCAGUUCAGGUGUCGGAGGAGCCAGUGGCGGAGAGCAGCCAGGAGCAAGAGUCCUUGCCAGGAGCAACUCCCGCGGACGAAAAAGACCACAGAGACACAAAAGACACAGAAAAGGAGAAGGAGAAGGAGGAGCUGAAGACCCAGGAGGAAGAUAAGGACAAGGAUAAAGAAAAGGAUAAGGAUAAGGACAAGGACAACGAUAAAGAUAAAGAAAAGAACAAGGAUAAAGAGAAGGAGAAGGAGAAAGAAAAGGAGAAGGAGAAGGACAAGAAGGAGCCAGUUACACCCACAACCUGCAACCGAGUGACCCGCAAAUCCCACGCCCAGGAGCAGGUCACCAAUACGCGAGUGACCCGCAAUCGCCGCCAGUCCUCCACCUUGGGCUUCGCCGCCAAUUCCUCCUCCGCUGCGGUGGCAGCAGCCGCCACGGCGGCCACCACAUUGGCGGCCACAUCCUCAGCAGCAGCGGCGGCGGCAGCAGCGGAGCAGCAGCCCCAGCAACAGCCUCCACCAACAACAGCUCGCGGUCGCCGGAAGAAGGCACAGACGGUGGCACCUCCGCUGGAACCGGCCGUGAAACGAAAGCGUUCCGAGGAUGCGGAAGCCGAAGCGGAAGCCAGCAAUGCCGCCAAGUACAGCAAGGUGGAGGUGGUGAAAACCGAGGAGGCGGAGGCGCCGGCAGCCGAGGAGGAUGUGCCCAUCAAGCAGGAGCCACUGGAGACCAGCGAAGCGGUGGGCACAACAACGCCGGUGGCCGCUGCAGCUCCGGCUCCGGUUUCCGGCGGGACGAGACGUGGUCGUGGACGGCCGCAGAACCGGAACUCCGCCUCGCCAGCGGCCGUUACCUCGACGCGGUCCACGCGGCUGAGCAAGGCUGGGUCUCCGGGUGUCAUCGGCCAAACGCCACCAGCCCAGGAGCCGGCAGCGCCUCCGAAACGGCGGCGGGUGGGCAGCAGUACGCGGAAAACGGCGUCGGCCAGCUCGCUGGCAACCAGUUCCCAGGGCGGCACAGCUGCGGACGAGGACUCCAAAGACAGCAUGGCCUCCUCCAUGGACGAUCUCCUGCUGGCGGCGGCGGACAUCAAACGGGAGAAGCUCACUGCCGAGUUCGAUGACAGCCUCCUGCUGGCGGAGACCAGCCUGCCCUCCACCUCUACGGGUGCAUGCUCCGCAACAGCCCCAGCCUCGUCUGGAUCGAAUGGCCAUUCCUGCAUUGAACCGCUGACCGUGGAAACGGAUCCGGCGAAACCCAAGGACCUGCUGCCCCCGCCCGAGGAUGCGUCCGCCUCCCAGCCAGCUGGGGACACGGCAACGGGAACGGGUUCUGCCACGACCGUGGUGGGCAAGGCGCCGUCCCUCAGCCCGGAGAUGGUCAGCGAGGGUGUGAGCGCCGUCAGUGUGCGGAACUUCUACAAGAAGCCCGAGUUCCUGGCCAACAAUCUGGGCAUCGAGAAGGACCCUGAGCUGGGCGAGAUCGUGCAAACGGUCAGCAGCAAUGCCGCGGAGACGGAGGAGAUGGCGGUCGAGGAUGGAGAGGUGAACGCCUCGGCCCAGUCGCCCAAAUCGGACAAGCCGGACAGUAAGAAGUCCAAGCCGGAGGGCGAGGCGGCAAAGAUUGUGGAGCAGGAACCGGAAGUCGAUCUGGAGACGGAAAUCGUCGCUGAAGCUUUGGCGGAAAUCACAGCCGAGGCGGAUGACUCCAUCUCGAUAGGCUCCAUGAAGACGGGCGACCUGCGACUGGACGACAGCGGCGAGGGAUCCGAGGUGCUACUCGACCAUGGCCUGCUCCUCAAUGGAGCAGCCCAGCAGGAGCAACCGGCGCCGGAUGUGGAGGAGGAGGAGACGGAGGAGGACCCAGAAGUGCGGCAGACCAAACCCAAUAGCUAUGAGGACUCUGACCACGAGAUAAUAGACAAGUUGGUCCAGGAGGGAGUCCUAGACGCCACGGGAAAUCCGCUCAGUCAGGCGGGAGUCGCCAAGCUGGAGGACGAGCUGGAGGAGGAGGUUGGCACGGACGAGGUCGUUGCUGUCAUGGUUAACAAGUACUUCCUGGACAUAACGGAGCAGGCGGAGCAACUGCUGGUGGACAAGGUGGAGUUCCCGGAGGAAAACAAGGAGAACCUGUCCACCUCGGCGGACGCCACUGCCUCCGAGGGUCUGGACAUCCAGCUGUCGCUCAAGGACGACGACGACGAGCAGCUGGCGGUGAAGGACGAGGAGCAGGUCAAGCAUCUGGAGCUGCAGCUGACGGAGAAAAUGGACGUCGACCAGGAGGAUGAGGAGCUGGAGGAGAAGCCCAACGGCAAGCAGGAGGACGACGAGGAGCAGCAGCAGCAGCGGCGGGAGCAGGAGAUCCACCUGCAGAACCUGGGCCUGCUGACGCUCCAGGCGGCGGAGCAGCGCCGUCAGGACCUGCAGGAGGCCCACACUCGCCAGGCGCAGCUCCAGCAACAGCAUCAUCACCACCACCACCAGCACAAGCGGCAGGGGGCGCGGGGCGGCGGCGGAAGCGGCGGCAGCAGUGCCACCCACGUCGAGUCCAGCGGCACCCUCAAGACGGUGAUCAAGCUGAACAGGAGCAGCAACGGCGGCGUCGGCGGCAGCAGUGGCCUCCCCACCGGCACUGUGAUCCACGGCAGUGGCGGGUCGUCCGUCUCGGCCGCAUCCUCCUCGGUGGGCAGUGCGACGCGCAAGUCGAGCGGAGCUCUGGGCGCCGCCGGCGUGGGAGCGGCAACGGGAGCCGGGGCCGGAGUGCGCCGGCAAUCGCUGAAGAUGACAUUCCAGAAGGGUCGUGCCCGGGGACACGGUGCAGCGGACCGAUCCGCCGACCAGCCAACGGAAGACUCCUACUACACCAUCCAGAACGAGAACGAAGGUGCGCAGAAGUCGAGUGGUGUAACUACGGGUAAUCCCGGCCGAAAGACCAAUAACCGUUUCAGCUCAACUAACAACCACUCUACGGUAGCCUCCUCGCACGGUGGUAGCCACCAUUCUUCGGUCCAGUACAACUCAUCUCACUCGGAGGGCCUGGGUCAGGGCGAACAUGGCUUUUAUCAGAUGGUCAAGAAGGACGAGAAGGAGAAGAUCCUCAUACCCGAGAAGGCCUCCUCGUUCAAAUUCCAUCCGGGACGGUUGUGCGAGGAUCAGUGCUAUUACUGUAGCGGAAAAUUCGGACUCUAUGACACGCCCUGCCAUGUGGGACAGAUCAAGUCCGUGGAGCGCCAGCAGAAGAUCCUAGCCAAUGAGGAGAAACUCACGGUGGACAACUGCCUGUGCGACGCCUGUUUCCGGCACGUGGACCGUCGAGCCAAUGCCCCCUCCUACAAGAAACGCCUCUCGGCUCCCGGCCAUCUCGAGACCAUGGGUAAUGUGGAGAAGCAUUUCGCAGGCGAUGGCAGCGGCGGACUUACAGAUCCAUCGGGAGCAGAGGGAUCCGGGACUGCUGGCUCGUCGGCUGUGGGCUCGGGCGGCGGCGGGAACCUCCAGCAGCGUGCCUGCGCCGUCAAAGACUGCGCCGAGGGGGCGAGUCACUCGCUGCGGCGCAAGUGCAUCCGCAAGAGCGUGAAAAAGUUCCAACUGAACCUGGAAAUACCGGCGGGCAGUUCCAUCGUCUGGCUGUGCGAGGCGCACUACAACACCGUCAUCCAGUUCUCCGGCUGUGUGCUGUGCAAGCGGCGUCUGGGCAAGAACCACAUGUACAACAUAACCACGCAGGACACGGAUCGGUUGGAGAAGGCGCUCUCCGAGAUGGGUAUCCCAGUGCAACUGGGCAUGGGCACGGCCGUGUGCAAGCUGUGUCGGUAUUUCGCCAACCUGCUGAUGAAGCCGCCGGACAGUACCAAGUCCCAGAAGGCCGAGUUUGUCAAGAACUACAGGAAACGGCUCCUCAAGGUGCACAACCUGCAGGACGGCAGCCACGAAGUCUCCGAGGCGGAUGAGGAGGAAACCCCCCAUCCUGUGGAUGCCGCCAAGGAAGCCUCGGCUGAGACUGGUGAGGACUCGCAUGAAAUGCCCAUGGUGGUGGACUAUGACGGGCCCACAGACUCCAACUCCAGCAGCUCCUCGACGACGAAUCCGGACGCCAACAGCAAGCAAAUGUCCAAGCUGCAGGCUAUUCUCCAGCAGAAUCUGAGCGCAGAGGGCGGAGCAGCAGCCGCAGGAGGCGGUGGAGCUGCGGGAACCGGACGAAGUGGGGCAGGAUCGGCAGGGGAGACCAGCGGAGGAGCUGGAGGAAGUGGAUCCGGUGCCGAUAUAUCGAAUGUCCUGCGCAGCAACCCGAACAUAUCGAUGCGUGAGCUGUUCCACGGCGAGGAGGAGCUGGGGGUGCAGUUUAAGGUGCCCUUCGGAUGCAGCAGCAGUCAGCGGACACCGGAGGGCUGGACGCGUGUCCAGACGUUCCUCCAGUAUGACGAGCCGACGCGGCGACUGUGGGAGGAGCUGCAGAAGCCAUACGGCAACCAGAGUUCCUUCCUGCGGCAUCUGAUACUCCUGGAGAAGUACUACCGCAACGGAGAUCUUGUCCUGGCGCCGCACGCCUCAUCCAAUGCAUCCGUUUACACGGAAACGGUGCGUCAGCGCCUGAACUCCUUCGAUCACGGUCACUGCGGUGGACUGGGCGGAGGUGGCACGUCGAAAACCCAGUCAACAGGAUCGGCCACCGGUGGUAUCAGUGUCCUGGCCACCGCCUUGACCACACCCUCCUCAUCAUCGUCGUCGGUGGAGGCGGCGGCGCCCGCGGUUCCAGUCAUCCCCUUGGUGGAGCUCAACGACGACGACGAAGAGGAAGAGGACGGUGAGUCCACGGAGGAUCGAGAGUCGGGAGCGGGCGGCGAUGGACGGCAGGCGGAGUCGCCGGUGGAACGCCUCAGUGUGGACAAGCUGACGAAGCAGCUGAGCUCCAAUGCGGUGACGAUUAUAGCCCGGCCCAAGGACAACAAGUCCUCCCAGCCAUCGGCCGCCGCCACCGCCGCCUCCUCCACAGCCACGGAGGAAGUAGCUGUGGUGCUGCCAACGACCAAGUCCACCGCCCAGUCCCAGUCUCAGUCUCAGACCCAAUCGCAAGCCAAGGAUGCCCCGCCAUUGGUCGCCGCCAAUGCGAAUAGCCGCAGCAUCCUGAAGACCAAUCUCCUGGGCAUGAACAAGGCCGUCGAGAUUGUGCCGUUGACACCACCCGCCUCGCAGACCCAGCCAGCCGGCAGCGCUCCGUCGAUGGCGUCCAUCACGUCGGUGCCCUCGAUCGCCUCGCUGGCCAACAAGCAGGCCCAGGACCAGAAGCAGCACAAGAAGCUCCUGGACAUGGCCAAGAUGCUGGGCAACACGCAGAAAGCUGCCGCCAACCAUCAGCAGCAGGGAUCGGAUGCGUCAGCUCCCCAAAAGCCAUCGGGCGUCGCCCAACUGCUCAACUCCCCGCCGGAGCUGAUUAGCUUGCAUCGGAGGAGGGCCAGCGCCACCGCCAACAACAGCCUGCUAGGCAACCUGUCGGGCAAGAGGCUGCAACUGCCACGUACUGGAGCAGCCGGCGCAACAGCAUCUGGUGGAGCUGGAGGCGGUGGGCCCUCAGGCAAUCGUGGUGGAGCCAGUGGUGGUCCCCCGCCGCCCAAUGUCGUUAUACUGCCCGAUACGCUGACGCCCCAGGAGCGGCACGAGAGCAAGAGCUGGAAGCCCACCCUGAUUCCGCUGGAGGAUCAGGUGCCCAACAAGUCGCAUGCAUUGUACCAAACCGCCGACGGGCGAAGAUUGCCGGCCCUGGUCCAGGUGCAGUCCGGCGGUAAGCCAUACCUCAUCUCCAUCUUUGACUACAAUCGGAUGUGUAUUCUGCGGCGGGAGAAGCUGCUCAGGGAUCAGAUGCUUAAGGCCAACAAUGCCAAGCUAAAGAACGCCCAGCAGCAGCAACAACAACAACAGCAACAGCAGCAGCAGCAGCAGCAACAGAGCUCAGCAGCUUCGGCAACGGUGGCUGCCUUCUCCAGUAUGUUGAAGCUAGCCCACCAGCAAACGGCACGCCAGCAACUGCAACAGUUGCAACAGAAACACCAACAACAACAGCAACAGCAUAUGCCGAGCCUGCAGCCUGGCGGCGGUGGAUCUGGAGGAGCAGGUAGUGGCGGUGGUGUGGGCGCUGGUCUGCGGCUAGCGAGGCUGCCGCCAAAAAUGCCGGCACUGACCAAUCCCCAGAUCGGCAGCCAGGCGCCCAACUACUCCUCACUGAUGCCCAAUCCCAUGGACAACAGCAACAACUCCUGGCUGUGGAAGAACUUUCCCGACUCGAAUCAGUAUCUCUUGAACGGCAAUGGAGGCGGCGGCGGCGGCGGAGGAGGAGGAGGAACCAAGUUGCCGCAUUUUACCGGAAAACCAGCCACUGCCACGAGCAGCAAGGCGGCGGCCACAAGCAUUUUUAACAUCAAGCAUCAGCAGCACCAGCAGAAGCUCAUCGAGAACGCCAUCAUGUCGAAGAUACCCAAGAGUCUGACGGUGAUACCCCAGCAAAUGGGUGGCAGCAGUAGUGGCGAUUUGGGAGGAGGAGGAGGCGGUGGUGGUGGCAGUGGGUCCUCAAAGGACUGACAAGGAGCGAUAACCCCAACACCGAGGAGCAGCAUUGGGCGAAGGAGAAGCAGUCGGAUAUUGGAGCUUCAGAGCACGAGGUGACCAUAAAUGCCAGGAUCUGAAGAAAAAACCCUAGUUUUUAGGAAAUUAAACGAAAAGCAGACGGAACAAGAUGAGAAAAUCAAGAUUAUUACUAAGGAUUACAUAACGUGGAUUGUGUAUAAAAAAAAAACAACAAAAAAAGAUUUCGAGAGAUACGGAUACGAUUAAGAUCUAAGCUCUAUAAUUGUAAGAAUUAAAACCCAACAGAUGCAGGAUGAUGAACAAGGAUGUAGAAAGGAUGAUGCAGAUGAUGAUGCAUAUAUGCAGAUUAUAUAUAUUAGAUUAGAGUUAAGAGCUAUACCUUAUACUCUAUAAACUUAUGCUACUCUAUUAUUGUAUGUAGAAUAUGAUAUAUAUAUAUAUAUUUUUUUAUUAGAUUUUAUCGGAAAUAUUCACAUGCGAUUCGUGUAUUAUAGAUACCAAAAUUGCUAGAUCUAAAAAAAAAAAAUGCAAAAAAUAAAAAUGGUUUAUAGAUUUAUAAGAUUUAAAUAUUUACACACCAACACCAACAACAAGAAGAACUACAACAACUACAACAAGACCCUCACACAUCCACAAGCACGAACUAAUAAUUUAAAAAAUAAAAACAGAAUUAUUUUUUAAGAGGAAAUGCAGAGCACAAAAAUACUAAUGCUGCUGAUAAUCCUUAUAGGACCGGACCGGAUCUUAACUUAUAAUUGCACGAAUCCAAAAACAAUUACCUUAAAAAAAAACCGAAAAAAAGAACAGAAACCCAGGAGCAUUUCAAUAAUCCAAUUAUACCCAAAUCUACAUAUAUAUAUUUCUAGAAUAUAUGACACAGAUCCUAAUUUAUAACCAUUUUUGUAUUCUCACACACACACACCUCCUUCUCAUAUA